CGCAGACACACUUGCACUACACAUGCUAGAGGCGUCACCGUGCUGAGGCGAGGGCCGGUGUACGCGGCAUAAUGUUGUCGGUCUCCUCUGCGUCCAGGCUCGCGGUUUGAACUUGGGGCCUCUCGUUCACGGUCACUAUGCAGGAAAGUGAGCGCCCAGGCGUGCACGCAAGGCAACGUCGGUUGCCUUGCGAGUUCGGGCUGGCGGCUACCAGCGGGGGAGUGUCAGCCGCCUUGGCAUGAGGAGUGUAGAGGCUCAUGGCCCCUCCCGGUUGGGGCACUUCGUGGACAGAGGUUUGCACAUAUCAGUGAUUUGCCGGAAGAGGGUAGGAAGCGAAAGUUUCAUGCAUUGCCUUUGGAUCUCUCAUUUCCUGGCACGCUGCCGCCGAUCAGGCAGUCGGUGCCGUCCAGGGUCGCGCAGACGACAGCGGCCGAUGAUAUGCGCCUGUUGUGCCCGUUUCGAUGAUGCGCCAUUGGUUAAUUUGCUAGCAGUGAGCAGUUGUCGCCCAACGUGGGCUUGGGGGUCUUGCAGAUUUCGGUCGCUGGCGAGCAGGGCCACAGAAGGGACUUCGGCCCCAGCGGCCCCCACCUCGCCAGGACGUCGCCGCCGGGUUUAUUAUGGUACCGUUGUGGAUUGGAAAGGCAAAUUUGGUUGGGUCGAACCUUUUCCUCCCAUCGAGGGUAUUCCGAGUGCCAGAAAGCACGGUGGGAAGGUGUAUGUUGCCAACAUCGAUGUCAUGAAUGUCCGUGGCAUGUUGGGCGGUGGUCUUACAGUGGGCCAGAUGGUGCAGUUCAAGCUGUAUACCGACGCCAGCGGCAUGGGAGGUGAACAGGUGCAGCUGGUGCGGUGA